AUGGACCGUGGCAGACGUGAAAGAGAAGCUGCUGCCUCUGGUGUGGUCAGCUCUACAAGCACACUCCUCCUCCCCUUAUCCCCUUAUCACCAGGGCUCCAAAGCAAGGAUAUCUCGAGCCAUUCCUUUAGACAUCACAUGGACCGUGGCAGACGUGAAAGAGAAGCUGCUGCCUCUGGUGGAGCGGGAGGAGUCGACUCAGAGCAGAGUUGACUCAACAGAGGGCUCCAAAGCAAGGAUAUCUCGCGCCAUACCGCUGGACAUCACGUGGACAGUGGCAGACGUGAAAGAGAAGCUGCUGCCUCUGGUGGAGCGAGAGGAGUCGACAGUGGUGGUAGUGCACGAUGCAGGGGGGCACGACACGGGGCGGGUCUUUAUCGCGGCUGGGUGGUGGGGGAAGUGGUGUAUUUGGCUGGUGGGGCAGAAGGGGGAGAAGCUGCUGCCUCUGGUGGAGCGGGAGGAGUCGACGGUGGUGGUGGUGCCCGAUGCAGGGGGUCACGACACGGGGCGAGUGUUCAUGGCUGCCAUGGAGCUGGGGCUGCUGACUGCUCCAUACGCGUGGAUAGCCACAGAGGCCACGUGGACAGUUGUGAUUAGUGGAGAUGACACGCUGGCACCCGUCAGGAAAGCCAUGGAGGGCGUAUUGGGCAUUCAAGCCUACCUGCCGCCCUCACCUGAGCUCGCCAGCUUUAACAAGCUCUGGAACAGUGUGGAUCCCAAGCAGUACCCAGGGGCAGGGGAGAAGCACAUGCAGGGAGCUCUGGACCAGGGUGGCCCCCAAAGAGUACCCGGGAGAAGGUUGAAUCUGCUGCCCAACGGGGACCGGGACAAGAGCGACCUGGAGGUUAUCAAUGUGGUCAACGGCACUGCUCGUGUUGUGGCCUACUGGCAGAGCUCCAGAGGAUUGCUGUCCACCACCAAGCGACUAGUGCAGCGAGGGGCCAACGACAGCUGGUCAACAGUUGUGUGGCCUGGAGGGUCGAAUCAGGCGCCUUGGGGUUAUCUUCCCAAGAAGAAGCUCCGGCUGGCUGUCCCAGUGAAAAUGGGCUUCCACCAAUUCUCCUCCAUUGCCAGCAACACCACAGGGGACGAGGCUGAUCAAGCCGCUGUGGGGGGAUUCCCUGUGGCCGUUUUCAGAGCCACAGCAGCGCACCUCAAGUACCCCUUGCGCUACGAGUUUGUGCCAUUUGGCAACGGCUCCUCCAACCCAAGCUAUGAUGAAAUGCUGCAAGCCGUGGCCGAUAAGAAACUGGACGGUGCAGUGGGGGACAUUGUGGUUACAAGCCAACGAACUCGCAUCGUCACCUUCUCGACCACCUUUAUGUCCUCAAGCCUAGCAAUGGUCACGCUAGCGCCAGAAGACUCCAACCCCUGGACGCCCCUCGUGCCCUUCUCCCCUUCCAUGUGGGCCUGGCUCGGCAUAGCAGCCGCCCUCUUCGCCCUCACAAUCCUCUUCCUGGAACGCCGCAACUCCUCCCUUUUCCUCCAACACCCCGUCGAGGGAACCACCAAGGCCGCCCGCUGCCGCUCGAAAGCCUUCUCGCUGCUUCAAGUCCUCUGGGAGGCGCUGUGGAUCUCGUUUCAGAGUUACUUUCUCGUGCCCUCCCAGCUGGUACCUCUCAACAGUGAGGCUGAUUACUACGAGGCACUCAAGGCAGGGAGGGUGGAGGCGAUAGUGGAUCAGACGCCCUACAUCGCACAGUUCAGCUCGCAGUAUUGCGGCAUGCUCGUCACGAUGCAGAACCUUCAAAAUAUCUACCUGGCAUUUGCCUUCCCCAUUGGUUCCCAUCUGGCUGAUGACGUGGCGCAUGCCCUGCUCUACGUGGCACAAAGUGGGGAACUUCAGAGGAUACGAGAAGAUGUGUUUGCAGUGAGUGCGGGGGGGUGUGGGGGGUGCAGAGGGGCUGAAGGGAGGGGAGGGGUUGGGAAGGAAGGAGUGGGCUGGGCAAAGAGGUAG